GUUUCCUGUACUUGGUGGUAACGGUUUUCUAACCUCAAAUUCUCGUUGUCGCUUUUACCGAAUAUAAGUAUUUGCUUUUACUAAUACAAAAUUAGAAUGGUUUCAAACUAUGUCGACGAAAUUAAAGAACUAAACGCCCCAAAUGUUCACAUCAAAGACAAGGAGCGCGUCAACAAACUCAUCCAUGACAUAGUUUCUGAUGGCCAUCCAAAUCUGCAGGUAGUAUCAGAUUUCGAUCGAACCAUAACUAGGCAGCACGAAAAUGGUAAAAGUCACCUGAGCAGCUUUGCGAUGUUUAGCCGUUGCCCGUCCGUCCCCAAAGAAUACGUCGAGACCGAAAAGCGACUCACGGGCAAGUACUUUCCGAUCGAAAUCAACCCCGGCAUUACGCACGACGAGAAACGACAGCUGAUGGAGGAAUGGUGGAGCGAAACGGAAAAUGCGAUGAAGGGUUUGUGCGUUACUCAGUGCGAAAUUGAGGAGACCGCGUCCAGUCUAGGGCCGUCACUAAGGGACGGGACCGUGGAGCUAUUUAAAGACUUGCACAGCGCUGAUGUACCGAUUCUGGUAUUCUCGGCUGGGUUGGGUGACUCGGUUAGAGCAGUAUUAAAGCACUUCAAUGUGUACUUAGCUAAUGUUAAGAUAAUUUCCAAUUUUCUGAAGUACAACGACCGUGGUGUCAUUCAGGGUUUCGACGGUGCUACGAUUCACGUGUUGAAUAAAAACGAAUACGCCUUGCAAGGCACUCAGUAUUACGACUUAGUACAAAACCGUAGUAAUGUUAUACUAAUGGGGGAUUCCCUGGGCGACUCGGGAAUGGCCGACGGUGUCUCACACGCACACGCCAUUUUAAAAAUUGGCUUCUUAUAUGAUCACGUGAAGGAAAAUUUGCCUCUUUUCAUGGAGGCAUUCGAUAUUGUUCUCGAAGAUGAUCAAAGUAUGGCAGUUAUACGGGCAAUUUUGAAGUACUUACUUUAAAUAAAUUGUGAUAUUCGUUUUAUUUUCGGAUUGUUUCAUCUGGGUGUGUUACAAAAAACCACGCACAAUGGCCUUUUCUACCGGAAUUGCUAAACGUAGUCGACUUACGACUUGUGGUGGUUUUGUGUAAGAUAUUUCUGUUUUACCAGGCUUGCUAAUGUUAUAUUUUAAAUGAAUAUACCAAAGCUGAGGAAA